UCCAACUGCCAUUUUCUGUUCUCGGUAUUCCCCUCUCACUCUCUCUCUCCACAAAAUCACUGUUUGAGGGAAGAAGCAGGAGAAAAACCUAUCAAUUUCUUAUUUGAAUUCCUUUCAACCUCUUCUUCACUUUGGUUAUCGAAUCCACUUAUCGAAUCCACAAUUAAUAUAAUUGAUAAUGGCGGAUCGGUUUGACAAGUAUGUGGAUUUUGAGAAGUCUUCUUUUUCCCGAAACACUAUCGAUGAUUACGAGGAGGAGGAUGAGGAGAUGGGAGGGGUCAAGGAGGAUGAACUGAAUGAUUUUGAGAGCGACGAGAAAUCGGAAGAGUUGGCGUGCCCGUUUUGCUCUGGGGAUUUUGAUGUUCUUGGAUUGUGCUGCCACAUUGAUGCCGAUCACCGGAGGGAGGUUAAACCCGGGAUAUGUCCUUAUUGUAUGAUAAAAGUGCGGAUAAACAUGGCUCCACAUCUAAUCACAGAGCACGAAAAUGUAUUGAAGGCACUAUGCAUCAAGAAGUAUUGGAAUACUCAGUCUCGUUCAGCAUUAUUUCUGUUCAGAAAAGAGUUGCAGAAGAAACAUUUGCAGUCUAUAAAGGAGUCUUCUUGUGUAGGAUCUUCAUCUAAUGCAGAAACUGAUUCCAAGCUACUUUCAUUCGUCAAUAGUCCACGCCGUGCUAGCACCACAAAAGAUGCUUCUUCAACUAAAGCCAGAGUAACAUUGUUGGACAUUUCAAAAGAUGUUACCAUAGACAGAAUACAACCAACCCCGUCGAAAGACUGGCAUAAAGAGAGGGCCAGCAGGUGCAACUUUCUACAGGGAUUAGUAUUAUCGACCAUUUUGGACGAUUUAUGAACACCUGGAUCUGCCCGAAGCUUUGUUCGAGUGAAGGGAACUUUCAGACAUCAGUUGCUGUUCCUGGUGGUAGUUCAUCAACAUGUCUAAGCACAAUCAGUUUCUCAACCAUACUAUGGUUUGUGCUUGUGUAUUGUGAGCCAUUGAUGAGAUUAAAUCCUUUCCUACUGCAGCUGGCUGGCUGGACACUGUUUUUUCAUUCUCCUUAGUUGUUUCAGUUUUUAAUCUGGGUAGGUUAGGUUAGGUUUUGCUGGAUUCAUCUUCUAACCCUAGACAUGGGGAUCUUGGAGCUGAACUUAUCUGACAAAUGGCCAGUGAGUGGUGAAUAGCAGUUGGGAGCUUACACUUUGAUGCGAUAUUUUAGAGUUCUUAAUCAAUGUAUAAAGAUUAUCAAGUUCAAUUAUUUUAACUCUAAUAAUACUA